AGUAUGUGUAGUCAUUUCCUGAAACUAAGAGGAAACACUUAUUCAGGAAGUCAACUGUCAAGUUUGUGUCAAGCAAAAAGAAGAGAAUAUAUGUCAACACUGAGAUGAUAAUCGACACUUAAUAUGGUCAAAGAUUCUGUUAAUGGCACAAUGGAAGUUGAUUUGGCUUUGCUAAAAUCCACAAAAGGACUACUGAAAAUAGCAGAAGCGGUUUGUGCUUUUGUGGCUUUUGUGUGUUAUACAGUGGCAUCCAGGCCCCCCUACAUUGCAGCAACAUGCAUGGAGUUUUUCAUUACACUUGGCUUUCUUGUGCUUUACCUGCUGAAACUCAACAAGAUGUUCACCUUCAUCUUCUGGCCUCUAAUUGACGUGUUUAACUCAUUUUUUGCAGCAGUACUCGUGUGUAUUCUCAGUCUUAUAGCAGUUUCGACAUAUACAGUGAAAGGCACUCUGGGUGGAGGGAUCGUGGGUCUUGUGGCGGCAACAUUGUGGUGUUUGGAUGGUUACAUCCUUUUCAAAAAAAUCACAUUCAACAAGCCAAGAACCACCACAGUGGUCACGUAGGGAAAUAUGAAAGUUUUUAUGAACAACUCUCAACCUGCAAACAUGACUGCAUACUUAUUAUUAUUUUCAGUAAUUAAAAUAAUGGGUUGGUUUCAUUGCCACUCAAAAUAUUUUUAAGGUCUCAGCCAUAAAUAAAGAACAAUGUUGUAUCAAUAUA